AUGACGACCGUGCCCUCACCGUCCCCAAUGUCGCCCACCCUUCCUUUUCCGAGCCCAAUCCCGAAGAAAGAGCGGCCGAAUCCCCAUCCGUACGCGAUCAAGACAACAUCAUCUGGCCUUCUUUCACGGUCGAAUUCAACGACGUCCUCCACUGGCGUACAUCACUACGUGCCAACGUCGCCAUCGCCUACGCAGGCCAAUCACUCGCCAACGAAGCACUACAAACCAUCGAGGCAUCGGUACAGCCGGAGUUUGACCUCAGAUUUACCCCAACCGCUUCCUCCACCCCCGAAUGCUAGCAACAAUCCUACGGGGAAUGCGAGUUACGGGUACGGAUACACGGGCUCGCCUUCGCCUUCUCCGACGCAUAUGAGAAGAGUGGGACUUGGGCUGGGGAAUACCAGCGAGCCAGAGGACGAUGAUGAGACGCCGCGACGCAAGGGCCAGCGUGCGGAAACAUUGCCCUCCUCGACUGGGCCGCCUCAGAUAUCUCCUCCAGCGAACUUGGAUUUACCUGAGGAUCCAAAGGCGUGGAUGCCAUCGCAGCUGUCGACUUACCUUGCGUCGACACUGCGAGCAGGGAAUGUCGAUCUGCCUCAACCGGUGGCGAAAGACAUCGCGGCGUUUGUGAGGGAGAACAGGAUCACAGGAAAGGCGUUCAUGAGGCUCUCAGAGAACGAUCUCGUCCAAUAUGGGAUCAACCAACUCUGGCGGAACACCCUGCUCGCCUCGUCGCGAAGCCUACGACAGAGCACCCUGCGUGGUCGCAUUUGGGGGUUCGGCAACACCCCGGAUUCUCAGACGCAGCCGGAUGAAGAUCCAGGGAAUCUGUCGUCAUCCUCGACCUCGAGCGACGUGAGGAGGACCAGGAGCCGCCAUUCAAGCUCUGCCAGCGAGAGCGGCGGCAGAGUUAGGGAUAUGGUGGAGUCUUUGGAGAAGACCACGCAGCUCGAGGAAGAGGAACGCUCUCGAUCGACGUCUCCGACGAAGAUGCAUCAGCGAGAUAGACGACCUUCAAACGCGUCCGCUUCACCUUCGAAGCACUCGAGGCCCUUGCCACAGCGAGGAAACGUCAGCGAUCUGUUUGGGAUGUUGGAUAACCCGAUCGCAAGGACGGAAUCUGAUGCUGCAGUGGAGGAAAAGGAAGGGGAUUCGACGAUUACGGGUGUUGCAAAGAAAAACAUGAACGGGAGGGAGCCCAGGAUGCUGCCUUUCCCGCCAACUCAUCCUGGUGGCGCCUAUCCCUACCCACAAGCAAUUACGGCCUUGACUCCGUCGCACACAGGCGCAGGCUAUGCUCUACCCAUGAGCCCACAGCAAACAGGGUACGGCGCGAGCGACUACGAGCUGGGCUUCCGCUCUCCGACUCAUCAACAACACCGCAGCCCUCAUGGACACCCAGACCCAAACACCCAAGUCUACGUUGUACGCCACAACCCUAGUCCAUCUCGACAGGUCGAAGGAGAGGUGAAACCGGCAAGCGGAAGGCGGAGCCAUGGCAAACGGCUGCUGCCGUACCCGCCCGUUGUUGGCCAAGCAGAGCUGCACCAUCCAAGACCCAGGAGGCUUGUUGGCGUUGCACAGGUCGAUACGGGCUAUGAGAGUGCCGACGAGGAGAGCGGGGCUGGAGGAACGACCACCGGCACAGAGGGAUAUGACACCGCCCUCGAGAGCCAGGCAUCGCAGAGUGACAGUGGACGGAGCACUGGGACCGUUCAACAUGGCGACGAGGAAGAGGAGAAGACGGUCGAGGAGCUCCUCCGCACGGGCCAAGAUGCUGCCCCAACGCCUAUAUCAGGCGUGGAAGCCUGGGAGAUGGAGCUCGGCGAAACCGUCAAACGGAUUGGGGGCGAAGGUGGGAAUGGUGCCGCAAAGAAGGGCACCAGUCGCGAUGUUGGUCCUGGGUCCGUGGCCGAGAUCGGAAGGAAGGCAGGUCGGGCUGCUGGUGCUGGAGGAACGAUGGCGACACGUGGAAAGGAGAAGGAUAAUGGCACGAGGAGGGCUGGGAUUCUGGGAUUAUUCGAGCCUCCGCCUGUUGAGGGCGAGGAGGAGACGAAGGUCAACCAGCAAGACGGUAUCAACGAACGUUCGGUUGCCCUUGAUACCCGCGAAGAGAAACUCGUAGAGCGAGAAGUUGCUGUUGGAAAACGUGAAGACACAGUUCGGCAACUGGAAGAGACCAUCAACGUCCGCCGUAGCGAGCUGGAGCAGCACGAGUCCGCCCUCCUGACGAAGGAACACACACUCUCUGAACGAGACGUCAUCUUGACCGAGCGUGCAACGACUUUGGCGACAGAAGAGAAGGUACUCAAGGACAGGGUGUCCAACCAUGAAGCGAAAACUGCCCUAUUGGAACGGAGAGAAAAGGACGAUGCUGACCGACUCGCAAAGCUUGAGGAUCGCGAGGCUCUGGUGGGCAAGCGCGAGCAGACCGUGCAAACGAAGGAAGCGGCGUUGAAGGAGAAGGAGGUCGAGCUGAAGGAGAAAGAGGUGGGGCUUGGACGGAGGGAGGAGGAAGUCGGCCGACGCGAGGCUGAGGUUGGAGGAGAGCGCAGGCGAUUGGAGGAGCAGGAGAGGAUGUUCAAAGCUUCGAGGAGAAUCGACCUUACGCCUGCGCCAUGGCCUCUACCCGUUACUGUCAGUCUUUUGAAGAAGGUUUGGGGCUCCUGUGUCGAACCUAUCGUCGGCGAGGAGCGAACACCUGCAUUCCUAAGCUCGAAGAACGCCGUAACGGUAAAGGAGGAGUCCGAAUUACCCUCAGCACCGGACCAGGACGUCUCCUCUGCCACAUCGUCGCCUAACCCUUCGCGGUUCCUCUCUCCAGACACCUCAUCUGCACAUGACUCUAAAGGCAAGGUCAAGCCCGAAGCUCCGUCGUCGGAAGACCUGAACCCUACACGUCCCAAACCGUUCCUCACGAGCACCUGGGCGAUCAGGCGUGAUGCUAUUCUUGGUGGAUUGCCUCGUCUGUCUGGCGGCUAUCUCGUGCUGAUGAGCCUCGGGAUGUGCGUCAUUGUACUGAGGGUGUUGACCAGGAGGGCUGGUGGACUACUCGGACGUCGUUGA